CUUGCGGGCGUCCGGCUGGAGCCGCAGGCUCGGGUGCUCGCGCAGGAAGGCCUGCACGUCGGCCGGCAACUCGCUCAUGGCCGAGGCGCCCGCAGACCACCCCGGCGGAAGCAGCUCCCAGAACGUGGGGCCGGGAGCGGGGCUCUGGGCGGGACUCGGCGGCGACCCGGAAGCAGAUGCCUCCUGCGUCCCGGAAGAGCCCGCGGGGCCGGGUGCGAUGGCGGCGGUGGCUGCGCUGCAGCUGGGGCUGCGGGCGGCGGGGCUGGGACGGGCCCCUGCCAGCGCCGCCUGGAGGAGCGUCCUCGGGAUGUCCCCGCGCCCAGGGGUGGCCUGGAGGCCAAGCAGAUGUGGCAGUUCUGCAGCAGAAGCAUCUGCCACAAAAGCAGAAGAUGACUCCUUUCUUCAGUGGGUCCUGCUCCUCAUCCCUGUGACUGCCUUUGGCUUGGGGACAUGGCAGGUCCAACGUCGGAAGUGGAAGCUGAACCUGAUUGCAGAGUUGGAGUCUCGAGUUCUGGCUGAGCCUGUCCCUCUGCCAGCAGACCCAAUGGAACUGAAAAAUAUGGAGUAUAGGCCAGUGAAGGUCAAGGGGUGCUUUGACCACUCCAAGGAGCUGUAUAUGAUGCCCCGGACCAUGGUGGACCCUGCCCGGGAGGCCUGGGAGGCCGGCCGCAUCUCCUCCUCAACUCAGAGUGGGGCCUAUGUGGUCACUCCCUUCCACUGCACUGACCUGGGAACCACCAUCCUGGUUAACAGAGGGUUCGUUCCCAGGAAGAAAGUGAAUCCUGAAACCCGGCAGAAAGGCCAGAUUGAGGGAGAAGUGGACCUCAUUGGGAUGGUGAGGCUGACAGAAACCAGGCAACCUUUUGUCCCCGAGAACAAUCCAGAAGGGAACCACUGGUAUUACCGGGACCUGGAAGCUAUGGCCAGAAUCACAGGCGCAGAGCCCAUCUUCAUUGACGCCAACUUCCAGAGCACAGUCCCUGGAGGACCCAUUGGAGGGCAAACCAGAGUUACUCUGAGGAACGAGCAUCUGCAGUACAUCGUGACCUGGUAUGGACUCUCUGCAGCUACAUCAUACCUGUGGUUUAAGAAAUUCCUACGUGGGACACCUGGUGUGUGACAGAUCAGCUGCUAAAGCCCUGUCCCUGAAUAAUGAAGUAAAAAGACUGCCUUUAUGCUGGAUCAUGUGCUGCUGGUAUAAAGUUCUGGCCUUCUACCUUAAAUGAGCUCAUGACUGGUUGAUAAUAAAAUCCUGGCUUGGUUUCAGUCCAAAGAACUUUCCCAAAACUUGACACGCAAGGUACAUCUCUAGGAAACAAAACGCCUGGUGUAAGAAUAUAUAUAAGGGCGGGAAGGACCAGGUGCGGUGGCUCACUUGAAGUCAAGAGCUGAGACCAGCCUGGCUAACAUGAAUCAGCCAGCCACCUGGGAUGCUGAGGCACCAGAAUAUCCUGAACCUGGGAGGCGAAGGUUGCUGUGAGAUCACAUCACUGCAACUCCAGCCUGGGCAACAGAGUGAGGCUAUCUCAAAAAAGGUACUUCUUAGCCCCAAAUAAGAUUCAACCGAAGAUACUCAACAGACGCUGGCUGAAGGAAAAUUUGAAUUUUAAUUAUUUUUAUGUACAGAAAACUCAACAGUGUACAUUUAACCCAGCUUAGUGGCAAGUUCUUUAGCCUUUGCCUUUUCGAGCUUGGCGAUACGAGCCACAGACUUGGGACCCAGGACAUUGCCGCCCCAGUGACGGCGGAUCUGAAAAGACAGAAAGAGGCGGUCAGCUUGACUUGUUUUCUGAUAUUUUCAAGGUUAUUAGUUGCGUUAUUCUGUUGGACUGUUACAAGCUGAUCGUCAGAACUUCUCGUAAGUUAAGCCAGCCAGUUAUUUGGUAAAAUGAUUUGUGCAUGACAAUAUUUUGUGUAAAGUUCUUA